UUAAAAACAUGAUAAACAAAAGUCAAACCACAAUUAAAAACGAAUUAAAACUAUAAAACAAUUUUUACAAAAUGCUAAAGUUCCUGCGAGGUUUGCCCAAAGUAGAGCUGCACGCCCAUCUAAAUGGCAGCCUGAAUACUGACAGCAUCCGCGAAUUAGCUGAGAAGGUAUAUGGCGCGCAGACGGCGGACUUUUCGACAUUGUGCGAACAGUUUGUUAAAUUCGAGAAGGGCGCCAAAUUGGACGAGUGUUUCGAAAAGUUUGGAUUUGUGCACAAGCUCACGGCUACCAAACAGGGCCUCGAAUAUGCCACCGAAUUGGUCAUACGUGAUUUUGCCAAGGACCAUGUCAUAUACGUGGAACUCCGCACCACGCCCAAGGCAAAUGAACACAUGUCCAGACGUGCCUAUCUGCAGACCGUGCUGGAUGCUAUCAAAAGCGCGCGCGAUCUAUACGAGAUCAGGGUAAAGCUGUUGCCUUCCAUAAACCGUGGCGAGCCGAUCGAAGUGGCCGAGGAAAUUGUCGCUUUGGCUAUCGAGUUUGCCUCAACGGAACCAGAUAUAAUAGUUGGUAUCGAUUUCAGUGGUAAUCCGAAUCAGGGCAAAUUUAAGGAUUUUAUGCCAGCGCUGAGUGAGGCUAAAAAACACGACCUAAAGCUCGCGCUGCACUGCGCAGAAGUUGAUAAUCCCCUGGAAAUUCGAGAGAUGAUUAAGUUUGGUAUGUCGCGCUGUGGACAUGGAACCUAUCUCACCGAAUCCGGUUAUGAGCACCUGAAGGAGGAGAAUAUACCCAUUGAGUGUUGCCUGACGAGCAACAUCAAAUCCGGCACUGUGGCAAACAUUGGAGUACAUCAUCUCAAGCAGCUGAUGGAGGCAGAUGCGCCCAAGGUGCUGUGUACGGAUGACAGCGGCGUAUUCGAUACGACCCUCACGGACGAGUUCUUUUUGGCAACGGAAACCUUUGGUCUGACCCGGAGUCAGUGCAUCGCACUGACAAUGGAGGCGGUUGAGCAUGCCUUUGCGACUCGCGAAGAAAAACUAUUGAUGAAAAUGCAGAUUUAUUCAUAUACUCGACGUCAACCAUUAUAAAAUUGUAUAUCAAUAAUGGCAGAAACAGAAAAACAUUGCAACUCUUAUUGUUAAUUAAAAGCAGCUACAUUUUGUAUCUUGUUGCAAACGGCUAAAUUGGCGAUAA